UUACUACUAUAUCAGCGUUGUACAUUUCUUCACUCGCGAUAUAACGAUAAAACGGUUUAAACGAAUUCAAUACAGAGCGAUGCACGGUAGCAUGGCUAUAACAUUAUUAGAAGCUAUCAAAAAUGGAGAUCAAGACACAGCUAAACGGAUUUUAUUGCAAAAGAGAUACACUUAUUUAGACAGACAGUCCUCGAAGAAAGACGGUACGGCUCUGUUUUGGUCGUGCUGCCGAGGUUAUUUGGAUAUUGUGCAUUUACUGUUGUUGCACGGGGCGGAUGUUAACACGUGCACAGCAUGGGGCGCGGCACCUCUGCAUGCCAGUGCAGAUCAUAAUCACGUUGAGAUUCUUAUACUGUUACUAAAAUAUGGAGCAGACGUGAAUCAACAGACGACAAAUGGUGACACACCUUGCCACCUAGCGUCAUAUCGAGGCUAUGCUGAAUGCGUGCAAAGACUUGCAGAAAGGGGUGCCAAUGUGGAAAUACGGAAUAAUAAACGACACACGCCGAUACAGGAGUCGUAUAUGCAAGGGCAUUAUGAGAUAUACAGAUAUCUUCUGAGUGUACAAAAACUAGUGAACAAUAACCAACCAAGUCUUUCGGCAACAAAAAUCAAACCAUAUCCAAAUGAGUUGAAGAAAUAUACACCUUCGCCGGUACCUGGUGAUUAUUAUGGAUGGCAUUCGGUACAGAGCACCACAUCCGGGUCAGAGAAUCGUCUUUCGUCUUCAAUACCAAAUGACUGUUUUAGUUCGUCGAACACGAAUUCAUCAAGCAUUGAGCACAUAUCAUCGCCAAGUGGUAACAGAACACGGAAUAGUGUGAUAGGUGUUCUAAGAUUGCGAGAGUAUAAUACAGAAGACUCACAAAGUGAUUCUUCAUCUGUUAAUGAUGAUUCCAUGUUUCUAAAUGACCUUUCAUCCGUGCAACAAUCUGACAUAUCACCGCCUAAAGUCCCAGAAAGAAAGUGUCUAUCUUUUAAAAAUAUUUAGACUGCUUUCAAAGUGCAAGCCGCAAUUCUGGUCGAUGUAGUACUGUGUAGUGGCAACAUUUAUCAUGCAGCAUUGCAAAAGCACACAACAUGUGUUUCAGCCGGCAACAGGAUCCGGUAGUCUUGUUUGAAGCUACAAUCAUUGCUCCGCCGCCCAUGGCUCGGUGUUUACUUUUCGCUGCUUUACACAUCAUUUCGUGCAAAGUAUGAUUUUCACAACCAAAAUGUUGAAACGUUUUUCAAACAGUAUGGGAAAAAACAAAGUAGCAAAUGACACUUAUUGUCACAUUUAACAUUUUAAGUGACCUUUACAUAUUCGAAGUUAAGGUGAUUUUGUUUCAGGCCCUACGACCUAUGUCUCACAAAAGAGAUUAAAUCAAUGUGAUACUGUUUUAGUGUUUUGACAACAAUUUUGCGUUGUAUUGGUUAUUUGUGGAUAUACACAAAUGAGACCAAGUUACAUUUCAUUAUAUGCGCAUACCGGUAUUCUAGUCUUUAAACUUUACAAUGUUUUUGUGCUAUUAUUUUAUUAUACCUAUUACUCAUGUAAAACCAGUCAUUUUAUGCAUAUUUUACACUCCUCUAGUUACCUUACUCGUUUUUUUUAAAUGUAAAUUAAUUGUAAAUUCAAUUCAUUAAGAUGGGUAUAUUUUUAUUUCCAAACCAUUUCCCCAUUUGUAGUAUAUUGUUUUAAAAUAGGUAAUUUUUGUGAAAUUUGUUUAAUUUCAAUAUUUAGUUUCUGCGAUAUAAUAGUAUAACCUGGUUGUUGCAUGUUAUUAUGAAACCGUUCAAAACAAUCAAUAAAUCAUUCAAUCGAUUGACAAAUCUAUCAAUCUAUCAAUCAAUCAAUCAAUCAAUCAGGCAAACAUCAAAUAUACAUAAAGUAUUUUCUUUCGAAUUGACACUUACUGUUAACAGACUAAUUUUACAAUGAGAGAGAUUUUAAUUCAGCAAAAUUAAAUAUUAAUUGUAACAUGUUAAUGGUUGUUUGCUCUCCCCGUACUGUCAAUUGAUAGAUGUUUGGUUUAAUGGACUAAACCUUUGGCGUAUUUAUUAUUGACAAGGAGAAGACUGGAUCUGAUUUGAUAAUCAUAUAAGGAAGUGGCAUGUCGUCUGCCCAUCGGCAAAUACAAAUUAACACUUUUGUAAAGAAUGAUAUGUCAUUAAGAAGAUGAUUGUAUUGUUUUUCUCCAUGGUGACCUUUUAAGAUAGAUCUACAAAUCAAAAGAAGUCAUUAAACUUUAAUUGGAAAACCAUUUUAUUAUUAACAACUGGUUCUUUUUUUUGUGUGUGGCUUUUCUGGUUUUAAUCUUGGUCAUUAACGGAGUAGGAAAUGGGAAAAUGGUAAUAUAUUUUAUGGCAUGCAUAAUGUUUCCUUUGAUGUUUAAAUUAGUGUUGUUUGUACAUGUACAUACCUUCUUACAUAAUGACUUGAUUUUUUGAUAAAUAUCAAUGCUUGUAUAUUUUACAGGUAGUUAACAAAUCAGAUUAUCUGCCAAAGGUUAUGAUUUUAUGUAAACUUAUUUAAUCGCUUUUUAUUCUUAUUUUAUCUAAGCUUUUUUAUCUCAAAAAGUUUCGUUAAUUGUUGUUUUUUUUUUCAAAGAACUUGAAAGAAUAAUGAAGAUUUAAUUAUAGAAAAAUUGGAAUAAAGUGGAUAGGCGAUUGUUAUGAAUAUUUAAGAUUAGGAUUAAAAAAGGGACAGAAGAGUUAUCUCUGCUGCUAGUGUGCUGGUAUAGUGAGGGAUGAUGUGCAGGACAAAAACUUGCCACUGAUUGUUUAUUGAAAAAAGUCUUUUGUAUAAUAUAUAUGUGAAAGGCCAGUAUUUUAUAUCAUAUUGUGACGACAUCAAUGUUGUUAUUGUAAAUGUCAGGUUUAGUUUUCGUGUAUAAAACUUUUUAAGAAGGUUAUUCCUUUAUAAAGACCAUGACAUUUUCUGUCGCAAAACUUCCAACAGUCAUUAAGAUACAGUGUUUUAUUUAAAGCAUGAAAAGACAGUACUUAAAUGCUUAAUUGGACCCCCAGUCUCUACACAUCAGAUUUGUCACAAGUGUUUAUUUCGUAAUAUUAGGUGGGUAAUAGUGAAUGAUUGAUAGAAUUAUUAUCUCUAACUAAUACUCAUUUACUCAUUUUGUUUUUAUUCUCCACAAUUGGAAAGAUGAGACAUAUAAGAGCCAUCUUUGAUGUCAUCAAGUUUCACUUUAAAUGAUUGACACAUAAGCUUUUUUUUAUUUUGCUAAGAUUAUUCAGUCACCAGAGUUGUUAACUAUAAUGUUUAUACUUUUUUCAUCACAAUAAUAUCGACCAAAAAAGUGUAUUCAAGAAAAACCUAACCUGUGAAGAAACUAAAUGAAACCCUUUAAAACAUUUAAAACAUUUUCGGUUUUUUGAACACUUAUCAGUUAUUUUUUGAAAGAAAUAACUCCACUGUGUUAUCUUUUUGUUUUUAAAGGUUUUAAGCCAGACGCGCAUCGCUGUUUAGGCUUAAAAUGAACAAAUGACUUUAAUGAUAAUGUGCUUUUUAUAUUUGACAAUGUUGUGUUCUACUUGUACACUUGUUGUUAUCUACUACCCUAAAGUUGUUCAUCAUUGUUAAUCUGUGAUCAUUUUUAAUUUUUUGAGUUAUUAAAAAUAUAUAAAAUAGA